AUGCUGACCACUCCCCGAGUAGUGGUCCACCCCGCGUCCAGGCCAUCCAGCCGUAUUCAGCAGUACCAAGACGAAAGCGAUUACGACGACGAAGAAGACGAAGAUCCCGACGACAAUUUCCUACACCCGUCAUUCAUGACGUCAAUCACGGCUGCUGAAAUCGCAAACGACAACGCUGCCAUCGACAUCAACGAUGCUGGCCGUGGCGGCGACGGUGGAGCUGACGACACCGCGCCACGUAGCGAGCAAAUUACGAACCAUCACGCUAAUAACUCUGUAGGCGCAUCCUCAUCUGUGGGCGCCAACAAUCACAUUGCGUUGCGACGCAGCUCUGCAUCUAUCCAUCGUAAAGCUGUUGAAGACGAGGACUACGAAGACGACGACGAGGCUAAGGGAACAUUACGGCCUCCUGAAACUGGUGGGGGUGGGAGUGGGGGUUACUGGGGGGCGGCAAGUCGUCCUUCCAGCCCUGGAGUUAUUAUGGGUGAUGCUGGGGGUGGUAGUGAAACUUCUUCAAUAAUGCCACCCCCAUCGAGACCAAAGUCAAGAUUGGAUCAAGGUGGAGCUACAAGUAAAUAUAAUAAUUUAUCAUAUUGGAGAGCAAGAAAAGUGUUGUUUUACAAGAAUGGUGACCCGUUUUUCCCUGGUGUGGAGUUCAGGUUCAAGCCCGGAAGGGAUAUUGUCAGUCUUGAAUCUCUGUUAGACAAACUGUCUCUGAGAAUGGACUUACCGAGAGGGGCACGCUUUGUAUUCUCCAUGGAUGGUGACCGGAAGUUGAGGUUAGAGGAACUUGAAGAUGGCGCCUCCUACGUCGUAUCAUCAUAUAAAACAUUCAAGCAAGCAAGCUAUGGCAAGAAGAACGGCGUGUGGUACGGUCCUGCUGUGCCUAACCAAGGCUGGAAGCCGCCCCUCAGCAGAAAGUCAUCGAUAGCGGAGGCAGGAGACGUGCCGCCCCCAGGGGGCGGGAGUAAACCGAACUCAGGACGAAUCAUCAGAAUCAUAAACAAUCAGGAUCACACAGUACAGUGUCGAGUACUGCUCAAUCUCAGGACAUCUCAACCUUUCGAGGAAGUGCUGGAAGACUUGGGGCAGGUGCUCAAGAUGAACGGUACCAAGAGGAUGUAUACCGUUGCAGGGCAGGAGGUACGGAGUUUCUCGCAGCUGAGGAACGAAUUUGCUGACGUGGACACAUUCUACCUCGCCACGAACGUGGGGGCCCUCGCUUCGCCCGUGAGGCGGUCACGCUCGCGGGCCGCAACGCACAAUGCCACGCAGCUCGUGGAGGACAUGCGGGAGGCCGGGACGCGGUCCAGGCGCGGCCGCUCUAAGAGCAGAGCCCGCAUGCUGUACGCCGGUGAGCCCGACCUGGUGCGUGCGGGCAACGAAGGAAAGCUUGAUAUAAGUCGUGCUGCUACCUACAGACCAAAUGUUUUUGUAAAGAAAAGUUUGUUAUUCCUUGACUCCCGGCGCUGCAGUUACGGGUAUCGAGGCACGGACUCCAAGCGGAAUCUCUGGGUCUUGCCAACGGGAGAAAUGCUGUACUUUGUGGGGGCGGUGGCUGUCUUGUACGACAGGGAUGAGGAUAUGCAGCGCCAUUACAUCGGGCACACGGAAGAUAUACAGUGCAUGGAGUUACACCCGUCCCGGGAGAUGGUAGCAUCAGGGCAACGCGCUGGACGCAACCGGAAAACUCAAGCGCAUAUCAGAAUCUGGAGCACGGAAACGUUACUGACUCUCUACAUAUUUGGCAUGGGAGAGUUCGACAUCGGCGUCUCGGCCGUCGCCUUCUCACAACUGAACGGUGGGAGUUACGUCCUGGCCGUGGAUGCUGGCAGGGAGCGGAUACUGUCUGUUUGGCAGUGGCAGUGGGGACAUCUGCUGGGUAAGGUGGCGACCCUGCAGGAUGAUCUGACUGGUGCAGCUUUUCACCCUCUGGACGACAAUCUACUUAUCACACACGGAAAGGGACAUCUCACGUUCUGGACGCGUCGUAAGGACGGAUUCUUCGAGAGAACUGAUAUCAUAAAACCGCCAUCAAGGACAAAUGUGACAACGCUUCAGUUUGAGCAAGAUGGAGACGUGGUCACAGCUGACGGUGACGGAUUCAUCACAAUUUAUUCAGUUGACAGUGAUGGCGCUUACUUCGUCCGCAUGGAGUUUGAGGCACAUACAAAGGGCAUCAGUGCUCUUGUCAUGCUGCCAGAAGGAACAUUACUGUCUGGAGGUGAAAAAGAUCGCAAGAUAAUUGCUUGGGACACACUUCAGAACUACAAGAAGAUUACUGAAACAAAGCUGCCUGAGUCAGCUGGUGGUGUCCGAAGUAUUUAUCCGCAAAGACCAGGAAGAAAUGACGGCAAUAUCUACGUUGGCACCACACGAAACAACAUUAUGGAAGGUUCCUUACAAAGAAGGUUCAACCAGGUUGUAUUUGGACACAGUAGACAUUUGUGGGGCUUGGCUGUCCACCCAGAUGAUGACAUGUUUGCAACUGGAGGACAUGACAAAAAUAUUGCUAUGUGGAGGAGAAAUAAACUGUUAUGGAGUGUCCAGGGUUCUUAUGAGGCUGUGUCUUUAUGCUUCCAUCCAUUUGGUGUGGUGUUGGCAGCAGGUAGCACAGAGGGCCACCUUGUGGUACUGAAUGCAGAAAAUGGGGCUCCUGUAGUUACAAUAAGGGUUUGUGGCUCACCACUUAACUGUCUGGGAUACAACCCAGCUGGUGACAUGAUUGCAAUAGGCUCACAGAACGGCAGUGUGUACCUGUUCCGUGUUAGCCGUGAUGGUUUCUCAUACAAGAAGUGGAACAAAAUUCGAGGUUCACAGCCACUCACGCAACUUGACUGGAGUACAGAUGGGAGUUAUUUGCAGACUGUUACAGCAGAUUAUGAUCUUAGAGAUAAAUACUUGACAUCUGACAUCACAAAUCUCAUUGCAGGAAUCUGGAAUAACAGGUUCUACCCUAUGGCCUCACUUAUUGUGACAGCAAAUCGAUCAGCUGCACAUGAUCUCCUAGUGACUGGAGAUGCUGAUGGGUACUUAAGGCUUUUCCGGUACCCAUGCCUGAGCGCUAAAGCAGAAUACAAUGAAGAGAAAGUGUACAGCAUGCAAAUAGCUACAGCACGCUUCAUGUAUAAUGACAAAAAUGUUGUUACUGUAGGUGGUACUGAUGCCGUAUUAAUUUUAUGGGAUGUUAUUGAUGACUAAACAGAGAAAAUUAGUGAACAAACUAUGACAGUUGUUUAAAAAUAUGUGGCAGUCAUAUGAAGAUUACUCCAUGAACACAUAUCAUGGUGUUAAAUGUCACUACUGGUAGAUGGCUCUGCAUAGAAAUCCAUGGAGAAUCAAUCUCACAUUUCCAAAAUGAAACACAACUUUGGUGGCAUCAAGAUACUUUCCAGAUAGACUGUGGAAUGAAAGCCUUAUUUUUGUCAUCCAUGACGCCAUAUAAACUCUUGCCAAACACUAUUCACAUCAUCAGGCCAGAAAUAUUUCUUCAGAAAGUGUCACAUAAAGAAUAAAUUGCAAUAAAGCUAGAAGAAAAAUUAUUUAAUGAUGGUUAUUAUUAAGAAAGUACACUUAGACAAUUCUGAUUCAAAGACUAUAAUGAAAUGAGACUGUUUUAACACACUGUGAAAAAAGAACACAGUUUUGAAACCUACGAUAUCUUUUAGAAAAUAUCAAAAAUUAUUUAUUCAUAUUGUAACGUGUUCACGUUACUGA